AUGGCUAAUGAUGAAUCCGAUGCUCUUGACGUGCUUGAGAAGGAAGCAAAGGAGUAUGACAAGGAUGCCGAAAUUGAUCGGAUCCUCAAAGCCUUUAAACUUGAUGCCUACGCUGUUUUAGACCUGCAGCCUGGUGUCCCCGAGUCCGACAUCAAAAAUGUAUAUCGCAAAAAGUCGCUACUAAUCCAUCCGGACAAGACCAAGAACCCACUAGCGCCCGAAGCGUUUGACCGCCUGAAGAAGGCUCAAGUGGCUUUACUGGAUGAGAAACAGCGGCAGCAUCUGGACGAAUGCAUAGCUGAUGCUCGGCAUCUGCUCAUGCGCGAGCACAAAUACACAGUCGACUCGGAAGAGUUGAAGACCGAGGAGUUCAAACAGGAAUGGAGGAGGAAGACCGUCGAGGUUCUCGUCGAGGCUGAGGCGCGGAGACGAAGACAGAUGAAGGCCAGAAUGCAGGAAGAGGGUCGAGAGAAGGCCAAGGAGGACGCCGAGAUUGAAGAGAGAAAACGGAAGCGAGAGCACGAGAAGAAGUGGGAAGAGACCCGCGACGAACGGAUUGGUAGCUGGCGUCAGUUUCAGAAAGGCGUCAAGAAGGGAGAGGAGCAAAAGAAGAAAAAGAAACUGAAAGUGCUAGGUUGA